AUGGAGGCCGAUAUUAGAGCUGCCUUGCCGGAUAUUGAUCCCGUCGUCUCCGAAUACUCGGUGGGGUAUCUCAGGCACGCCUCAACCGCCUGGAUCGGCGAGGAUGAGGCUUCAGAUUUAUCACCUCUAGCUGAGGCUGCCUCUACCAUCACUGAACUUCUGCUUUCUGCGGCUGGCAAUGUUGAGAGUGCCGCACAGCAGGACAAGAUCCGUGCACUUGUCGCGAAAUGGGUCGAUAAGUACGAGGAGGCGAAUGGCGCCAACGGAGAGCGUCAUGGCCCCUCCGUGAAGCGUCUUGAUCAAGCUUUCCAAGUCAGCUCCCAGCGGAACAUGUCAUCGACGCUGGCCGUCGCGACCGGCAGUGUCGACCUUGAGUCAGCCAACACCCGCAAGGUUGAGUCCAAGGUAGACCGCAAGAAGCUUGAGAAGGCUGAGCGCAAGAUCGCCGCAAAGCAGAGCAAAAAGCAGUUCAAGAAUGUCGAAUACGAGGCCUCUCGGCUUCUCAAUCAGCCCGAAUCCCAGUCUUACGAGGAGUUCUACAUGGCUGUCAACCCGUUGCAACUUGGGCCUGGUGGUGGUGCCGCUAAGACAAAGGAUAUCAAGAUUGAGAAUGCUGAUGUCAGCAUCGGCGGUACGAGGAUCUUGACUGACACUGAUCUAACGCUUGCUUAUGGCCAUCGCUACGGUCUGGUCGGUAACAACGGUGUGGGUAAAUCUACUCUGCUUAGAGCAUUAUCAAGGAGAGAGCUGCCUAUCCCUACGCAUAUCUCCAUUCUGCACGUCGAACAAGAGAUUACGGGAGAUGACACGCCUGCGCUACAGGCAGUCUUGGACGCUGAUGUCUGGAGAAAGGUUUUGCUAAGGGACCAAAAGGAUAUCACUACUCGUCUAUCGGAGAUCGAGGCUAAAAGAUCAUCUAUGGCCGACACUUCGGCCGAUGCGUCUAAACUGGAUCGCGACAGGGAGGCGCUCGACCAGAAGCUUGGUGAUAUUCAAUCGAAACUGGCAGAGAUGGAAUCUGAUAAGGCCGAACCCAGAGCGGCCAGCAUCCUCGCUGGUCUCGGUUUCUCGCCUGAAAGGCAACAGUAUGCGACCAAAACAUUCUCGGGUGGUUGGCGUAUGCGUCUGGCUCUUGCUAGAGCCCUUUUCUGCGAGCCUGACUUGCUUCUUCUCGAUGAACCGUCAAACAUGUUGGAUGUCCCUUCAAUCACCUUCUUGUCUAAUUACCUUCAAACAUAUCCUAGCACAAUUCUGGUUGUCUCUCACGACAGAGCCUUCCUAAAUGAAGUAGCUACGGACAUCAUACACCAACAUUCUGAGCGUUUGGAUUACUAUAGAGGAGCGAAUUUCGAGUCCUUCUAUGCAACCAGGGAAGAGCGCAAGAAGAUUGCGAAGAAGGAGUACGAAAACAACGUCGCCCAGCGUGCGCACUUGCAGGCUUUCAUCGACAAGUUCCGCUACAACGCUGGCAAAGCCGCCGAAGCUCAGUCGCGUAUCAAGAAGUUGGAACGUAUGCCGAUCCUUCAGCCACCGGAGGCAGAAUACAGCGUCAAAUUCAAGUUCCCCGAGGUAGAAAAGCUCUCGCCGCCUAUUGUCCAAAUGUCUGGCGUCACGUUUGGUUACACCCCCAACAAUAUCCUGCUGAAAGAUGUCGAUCUAGACGUCCAACUAGACUCUCGAAUCGGUAUCGUAGGGCCCAACGGUGCCGGUAAGACCACGAUUUUAAAACUGCUCAUCGGCAAAUUGUCCGCUACUCAGGGUUUGAUCUCGCAGAACUCGCGACUGCGCAUCGGUUUCUUCGCACAGCAUCACGUCGACGCGCUAGACUUAACGAUGAGUGCCGUCAGCUUCAUGGCCAAGGAGUACCCGGGCCGCUCCGACGAGGAGUACCGCCGUCAGCUUGGAUCUUUCGGUAUCACGGGCACGACUGGUCUGCAAAAGAUGGCUGUACUUUCCGGAGGUCAAAAAUCUCGUGUCGCGUUCGCGUGCUUAGCGUUGACGCAGCCGCAUAUUCUCGUCCUCGACGAGCCGUCUAAUCAUCUUGAUAUCGAAGCAAUGGACGCCCUUGCCGAGGCCCUCAAUGAAUUCCAGGGCGGCGUGCUCAUGGUCUCUCACGAUGUCACCAUGCUGCAGACGGUGUGCAACAGCCUCUGGGUCUGCGAGAAUGGUACGGUUUGGAAGUUCCCUGGCGAUGUGCAGCAGUACAAGAAGAGGAUCGCCGCUCUGGCCGAUGAAGCGGGCGUGGUCAAGGCGCACUAG